GAUGUGAUGGCGUCAUUCUUGCCCGGCUUCCACUUCGCCUGAGGCCAAACUCAAAAACAACUCGUACAAGGGUCAAGGCGGGGAAGGAGAGGGACGAGCGAAGCGCGGAACAGCCCAUUCAGCGCGGACUGCUGGCCGGGGUCGCGUCAUUCCCACUCGCGUCGCUGUCGUGCGAGGACCUCGUCGCAAUCUUCCUCCGCUGCUACUUUUUUUCCCUUUUUCCUGCCCGAUUUGUACAGACUGGCUCGCGUCGCCCCCUUGUGUCCAGUCCAGGAACUGAAAGAUGUGAUCCAAGCCCAAAGCGCAGGAAAUCCUUUGUGACGGCAUCAAAAGGAAACACUCGCGUGCCACUUUUCCCUCAAGCGUUUUAAAAUUCUUUCCAAAGAGGAACGCAAUGUACCGCCAGAGGACUCGCCGACUCCGCAUCUGAGGAUUUAAUAUCGAGAACUUGAGCUCAACGGGCCUCGAAGUAAGAGCGGCGGCCAUGUCGACGGACUCGUUCCACGCCGACUACGGCGUAGCGGCUCCAUCCGAGAUGGGCGUCUCCACGUCGGCGGGAAACCUGCUUCGGAUGUUUCGGGAGUACCAGAGUAACGCGGUCAUCCUGGAGCACUACAACUUCACAGGCAAGCUGAAAGAGAACAAAUACAAGGAAGGACUCAAGCCGGAGGCCAUCGCCUUUCUGCUGGUGUGCCUGCUCAUCGUGUUGGAAAACGCCGUGGUGCUGGUGGCCAUUUGGAAGAACAAAAAGUUCCACCUGCCCAUGUACUACCUCCUGGGCAACCUGACUCUCUCCGACCUGCUGGCGGGGUUCGCCUACAUGGUCAACCUGAUGACAUCCGGCGCCAAGACCUUGCACAUGACGCCAGCGUUGUGGUUCCUCCGGGAAGGGGGCGUGUUCAUCAUGCUGGCGGCGUCCGUCGUCAGCCUGCUGGCCAUCGCCAUCGAGCGCCACGUCACCAUGGUGAGGAUGAAGCCGUACCAGGGCGACAAGCAGGGCCGCAUGUUCGCUCUGAUCGGAGCCAGCUGGGUGCUGUCCGUGCUGCUGGGCGUCCUGCCCGUCCUGGGUUGGAACUGCAUGGGUCGCCUGGACCAGUGCUCCACCGUGCUGCCGCUCUACGCCAAGAGUUACAUUCUCUUCUGCGUCACCGUCUUCAUGGGCGUCCUCAUGUCCAUCGUGGUCCUCUACGUGCGCAUCUUCCGCAUCGUCAAGUCCAACACGCAGCGGCUGGGCUCGGGCCCGCAGAGGAAAGGCCUGUCGCGCAAGUCGCAGAAGUACAUGGCCCUGCUCAAGACCGUCACCAUCGUGCUGGGGGUCUUCAUCGCCUGCUGGCUGCCCCUCUUCAUCCUGCUCUUGCUCGACUUCUUCUGCCCGACCAAACGCUGCCACGUGCUCUUCAAGGCCGACUAUUUCCUGGGCAUCGCCAUGCUCAACUCCCUCCUCAAUCCCAUCAUCUACACGCUGACCAGCAAGGACAUGAGGAGGGCCAUCCUGCGGCUGCUCUGCAGUCGCUGCCUUCUCACCAAAGACGGGCAGGUGAAGAAGAUCGGCGUGCCCUUCCUGGAGUGCAGCACCAGCAGGACGGACGCCGCUUCUCACAGGCUGGAGGGGCUGGAGAACACCGUGUCUUCCGGCAAUUUGACACCUUCCACCAUCAAGGCCAUCUUGCCCAAACUGUCCAAGACUUGACGCGGACUUUGUAUGCGAGCGAGGGCGAGGACAAACAUGACCACUGACUGGGGGGGGUGGGGGGGGGGUGCACGUGAUCACCCCGAACCACGUCCAGAGUUACGGGAACGGGAUUGCACUCGAACGGGGGGGGGUAGGGGGGUUGGUGAAACAUACCUUUGAUUUUUGUCGCCGGUCUCUUACUGAAUGCAGUUGCGCAUCCCCGCCACCAGAGGCGACGGUGAAUUCAUAUUCACAAGGACGGAAUUCAAACGGUCGCCAUCGGGAAUUUUGGGAGCACUCCAGGCGGAGAUCGUCGCGCUUCUGGGCUGGUUGCACGGCUCAGCUCAGCUCAGCUCACCACAGUACGGUUUACGGCGACGGCGUUUCCGCUGCACUUCGUGCCGGCCUAUUGGCAAAAAACUGGAUCGGCUCGGUUAAUAGCAUGACAUCGCAUCCGCAAACAAAAAUGUGGCGUUUUCCCGUUCGUUUAUGACAUGGAGCUCUUUAUUGCAAGAACAGUUGACUUGUGUUCUUCCUUUUGUCACAUGAAUGGCGACUUAACUUUUUAGGCAGCACACCCUCAUAGAGGGAGGCAAAUUCCGGGAGCCCGAUUCCGCCGCCAGUAACGUAAUCCCGUUGUCAGCAACUGUUAACGCUUGAGAAAAGGUCCCGAAUGCCAUUUCAUCUCACCGCUGUUUACUUUUGAACAAAAACCGAAAUGGAAGAGUUCAACAUUGUGCAGAUGUUUCACAUAAAUUACAGCCAAUUACGCCGCCCAUCCAAGAGAGCGGAACCCAAAGCCGGAGCAUGAGAUUUACCCGUAUCUCCACGCCUCGUGUGGCAGAUAAUGAUACGUUGCUGCAAACUGGGAGCAUCCACACCCAAUCUUUGCAGCCAAAAACCAUCUCAAUUUGGUCAGGAGAAACGCAGGGUAGCGUAACCCCCCCCCCCCCCCCCCCUCCCUCCCCCUCCUCCUCGCCACAGCCGACGACAGAGACCGGGCAGCCUCUUGGUUGGGUUUCAGCUUUGGGGGUCCCUCAAAACGGCACAGCAGUAUUCUGUGGCCGAAGAGCCUUUCGAAUUUUGUUUGCGAAAAAAGUUCAAGUUCACGACUUAAAUGGACCGCCCCCCUCUCAACCGUCACCCCCCGCCCCCUUUGCAAAAGGACAUUAAUGUCCAACGCAACAACAAUCUGCACUGCAUUUCAUCGUAGCAACAGAUAUGUGAGCUUUUCUUUUUUCUUUUUUUUUAGCUUGCGGAUGUGUAAAGAGAAACCAUAUUUGGUGGUUCGAUCUUGUGUAAAUAUGUAGCUCGCCCUUGAGUUGAUCAUAACUGUUUUUAAUGUCAAUGUCCUAAGUUAUGUCCAUUUCUAUGUGUGCACUGAAUAAAGUAUUUGUAUUGAUAUUUGUA